AUGGCGCCGGCCGGAGGCGGCAACAUCAAGGUGGUGGUGAGGGUGCGGCCCUUCAAUGGGAGAGAAAUCGAUCGCGGGUCGAAAUGUAUCGUCACGAUGAAGGAGAACCAGACGGUCCUGACGCCCCCGGAUGGACACGGCGGCAAGGGCGCCAAGGACCAGAGCAACAAGACCUUUGCCUUUGACAGGUCGUACUGGUCCUUCAACAAGGACGACUCUAGCUACGCCGGCCAGUCCAACCUCUUCGAUGACCUCGGAAAGCCUUUGCUCGACAAUGCCUUCCAGGGCUACAACAACUGCAUCUUUGCCUACGGUCAGACCGGCUCCGGAAAGUCCUACUCCAUGAUGGGCUACGGCAAGGAGGUGGGAAUCAUCCCCAACAUUUGCCAGGAAAUGUUUCGGCGCAUCGACGGCAUCCAGCUCGACGACCCCACGACAAAGUGCACCGUCGAAGUGUCCUACCUCGAAAUCUACAACGAGCGCGUCCGCGACCUGCUCAACCCGUCCACCAAGGGCAACCUCAAAGUCCGAGAGCACCCGUCUACGGGUCCUUACGUCGAGGACCUCGCCAAGCUAGUCGUUGGCAGCUUCCAGGAGAUUGAGAACCUGAUGGACGAGGGUAACAAGGCCAGGACGGUUGCCGCAACCAACAUGAACGAGACGUCGAGUCGAAGUCACGCCGUCUUCACGCUCAUGCUCACGCAAAAGAAGCACGACCUCGAGACCAAGAUGGAGAUGGAAAAGGUCGCCAAGAUCAGUCUCGUCGAUCUGGCUGGUUCUGAGAGAGCGACGUCGACGGGUGCGACGGGUGCCCGGUUGAAGGAGGGCGCCGAGAUCAACCGAUCCCUCUCCACGCUUGGCCGUGUCAUCGCGGCCCUUGCCGAUUUGUCGACGGGGAAGAAGAAGAAGGGCACCAGUCAAGUCCCGUACCGAGACAGCGUCCUAACAUGGCUACUCAAGGACUCCCUAGGCGGCAACAGCAUGACGGCCAUGAUAGCGGCCAUCAGCCCGGCAGACAUAAAUUACGAUGAGACGUUGAGCACGCUACGAUAUGCCGACUCCGCAAAGCGCAUCAAGAACCACGCCGUCAUCAACGAGGACGCCAACGCCCGCAUGAUCAGGGAGCUCAAGGAAGAGCUCGCCCUCCUCAGGAGCAAGCUCGGCGGCGGUGCGACUGUGCCAGGUGUUCCCGGCGCCCCACCGGACGAGGUUUACGACGACGGCACGCCCCUGGAGAAGCAGAUGGUCAGCAUCACGGGCCCCGACGGGACCGUCAAGAAGGUCUCCAAGGCCGACAUUGCGGAACAGCUGAGCCAAAGCGAGAAGCUGCUCACCGAUUUGAACCAGACCUGGGAGCAGAAACUGCAAAAGACCGAGGAGAUCCACAAGGAACGCGAGGCGGCCCUGGAAGAGCUCGGUAUCAGCAUCGAAAAGGGCUUCAUCGGCCUGCACACGCCCAAGAAGAUGCCCCAUCUUGUCAACUUGUCAGACGAUCCUUUACUUGCCGAAUGCCUGGUCUACAAUCUUAAGCCCGGGACGACGACGGUGGGCAACGUCGACACUAACGCCGAUCACCAAGCAAACAUACGCCUCAACGGAACGAGGAUUCUGCACGACCAUUGCACCUUCGAGAAUGCCGCAGACGGAACCGUGACCGUCAUUCCCUCCGAGGGCGCUUCGGUGAUGGUGAACGGGAAGCGGAUCACGGAGCCUAAACAGCUGCACUCUGGCUACCGAGUCAUCCUGGGCGACUUCCACAUCUUCCGGUUCAACCACCCCAUGGAGGCGAGGGCAGAGAGAGCAGAGGUCGGACAGAGUCUGUUGAGACAGUCAAUAACGGCCAGCCAGCUUCUGGAUCGGGUAUCGUCGCCCAGCCCGGGGGCUCGGCCCGGCCACGAGCGUUCAGCCAGCAAGACGUCCGAGGCCGGCGACUCUCGUCCGGCGUCCCCAGCACCUUUCCUCCGCAAUGGGAGGGAAUCUGACUGGUCACUUGCCCGGAGAGAGGCAGCCGGUGCCAUCCUUGGCACGGACCAGAAUUUUGCCAGUCUCACGGACGAGGAACUGAAUGCUCUGUUCGAAGACGUCCAGCGGGCGCGCGCCGAGCGAGUCAACGGUCGCGAGGACGGCGACGACUCGGAAUCCGCCACGUCAUACCAGCUUCGCGAAAAGUACAUGUCGACGGGGACGAUUGAUAAUUUUUCCCUGGACACGGUCCUCACAAUGCCGUCGACACCGAAACAGGGCGAGGCUGAGGACAGGCUCAAAGAGGUGCGAGAGGAAAUGCAGAUCCAACUCGAGAAGCAAAAGGAAGAGUUCCAGGAGCAGCUCAAAGCGGCCGAGGCUGCCAACGUCGAAGUCGAGGAGAUCCGCAACGAAAAGUUCAAGAUGGAAACGGCCCUGAAAGAGCUCAAAGAGGACAUGCAGAAGCAACUCGUCAUUCAGCGCAAGCAGUUCGAGGAGAAGAUGGAAAAGAUGGAUCCCCUCAAGCGGCCGAGGCCGAGCCCAAAGCUGUCAGAGGAGGAGAUUGAGCGGGCCAAGGGCGUCGUCAAGGUGUGGCGGAGCCGACACUUUGUCAAGAUGGCCGAGGCUGUUCUCCAAAAUGCCUCGAUCCUGAAGGAGGCGCAGAUCAUGAGCAACGAACUCAACGAGACGGUGGUGUUUCAGUUUGCCGUCGUGGAUCUGGGGCAUGCUUUGUGCUCCUCUUACGACAUGGUUUUGAAUGGCUUGACGGCCGAGGGCGACGACGUUGCGUUGGAGGAGGCACAGAAGCCAUGUAUUGGCGUUCGUGUCGUCGACUACAAGAACUCAGUGGUUCACCUCUGGAGCUUGGAGAAGCUUCACGAUCGGGUUCGGCAGAUGCGGCAGAUGCACCAGUACCUCGACCAGCCCGAGUAUGCGCAGCACCUCAGUCUUGACAACCCUUUUGUCGAGACUUGCAUGCCGGCGUACACCCUGGUAGGCGAGGCAGACGUGCCGCUCAUGGCGGUUUUUGAAAGCCGUGUUCAAGACUUUUCGCUUGACGUACUUUCGCCGUACACGUCGCACGCAAUCGGCAUCGUCAAGCUGUCUCUGGAGCCAUCACACGCCCGCGCUCCUACAAACACUCUCAAGUUCAACGUUGUUAUGCAUGAGCUCGUCGGGUUCGCCGAGCGAGAAGGCACCGAGGUUCAUGCCCAACUCUUCAUACCUGGCAUCUCGGAAGAAGACGGCGUAACCACCACACAAAUGAUCCAGGACUUUGACGAAGGGCCGAUCCGAUUCGAGAGCGUCCACAACAUGAGCGUCCCGCUAUUUGCGCCCCAAGACGUCACCUUGCGAGUGGCCAUCUUUGCUCACGUCUCUGCGAUGCAUCUGGAUAAGCUCCUGAGUUGGGAUGAUAUCAGGGACGCGAGCCCCACGGGCGAAAACGCCAGGGGCACACGGAUCAAUGAGUCGCAGUUCUUCACCCAGGAGAAGCACGACCUCCUUUCCCGCGUGCAGAUCAUGGAGCUCAACGAGAUGGGCGAGUACCAGCCAGUCGAGGUCACGCAGACGAGCGAACUUGACACGGGGACAUUUCAGCUCCACCAGGGCCUACAGCGGCGCAUCGGCAUCAACCUCUCGCACAGCUCCGGCGAGGCACUGCCGUGGGGAGACGUGACGGCGGUGCGAGUCGGCAAGAUUCGACUAGUCGACUCGGCAGGCAAGACUCCCGAUAUGGGCGCCAACGACCCCGACGUUGCGCUCAAGAUGUCUUCGAAUCCCAUCUUCCGGGAGAAUCCCAACGGCACGAGGAGCAUCACUAUCUACUCCCAGUGGGACUCUAGCUUGCACAACUCGCUGCUUCUUGACCGGGUGACGGCGGAUAAGUACCGCGUGCAAAUGACAAUCCACUGGGAGAUAAGCUCCGACAAGCUGGCAGAGCCGAUGAAGUUUGCGCAAAAGGUCUGCGUUCAGAUCCUCUCGAGGAACUUUGUGCGGCAGACGUCCAUGUUCUCGUCGCUCUUCCAAAACAUCCGGUUCGUCAGGUCGUCGACGGGCAUCUUCACCCUGACCAUGAGGCCCGCGCCGAUUAAACGCGUCGGCGACCUGUGGCGCAUGAGCAGCCAGCACGACUACGUCAAGGGCGAGGAGAACCUGACGAGCUGGACGCCGCGGGGCGUUUCCAUUGUCAGUGACUUUAUCCUGGCCAAGAAGAAGCGGAGACGCAUCGCCGAGAUUGGUGUCAUGCAGACGACGCUGGGCAAGAUGGGCAUCGAGCCCACCGUUGUCCGGCCAGAGAAGGAGACCGAAGGGGCGGAAGAGGAGCCGGCGCCUGAGGUGAAGCCCAUCGUUCCGGACGACGACGACGAUCUCCUGAACGACACGCCGGACACGUCCCAGGCCCCGUCUGGUGACGAAGAAGGCGACGGCGUGGAGCCCCAGGAGGAAGACACCAUCAAGGUAGACGGCGACGGCACCGCGACCCCCAAGGAGAAGCCCGAGUACAGCGAGCACGAGGCCGAGCUCCUGGGACGGUGCGUCAAGCUGUGGGCCAAGUACCCGGACCCCCUGCUGAGCAUCCUGAGCCCGGCGAACACGGCCCCGCCCGCCAACGGCAUCGCGCCCGAGUCGGCCCUCCCGCCGAGCCUCAUCGCCACCAUCAUCCGCGUGCCCAAGAACCCCAAGGUGCUCAAGGGCGGGUACCUGCUCGUGCCCAACAGCGACUCGACGCGCUGGGUCAAGCGCUUCGUCGAGCUCCGCCGGCCGUACCUGCACAUCCACUCGGCCACCGACGGCGACGAGGUGGCGCUCGUGAGCCUGCGCAACUCGCGCGUCGACAGCCAGCCCGGCGUGCUGGGCAUGCUCCACGGGCCGGCCGACGAGUACGACCACCCGUCGCAGCACCACGGACAACAGCAGGGCCGCAACGGGGCGGGCACGACAACAACAGCAGCGCCCGACUUUACGCCGGGACACCGCCGCACGUCCUCGGGCCGGGUCAUCUCGACCAUCUGGACGGGCACCGGCAGCGGCUCCAGCGGCCAGCAGCCCAACAACAACCACCGGCCCGGCCUGCAGCGCCUCAGCGAGCGGAUGCAGUCCGCCGUGUUCGCCAUCUACGGGACGGACAACACGUGGCUCUUCGCCGCCCGCAGCGAGCGCGACAAGAUGGACUGGAUCUUCCGCAUCGACCAGACGUACCUGUCCUCCAACAGCGAGAGCAACCCCGGCAGCGGCAUCAUGAGCCCCAGCCCGCAGCAGGGCGGCGCUGGCGGCGCCGGCGGGAGCCAGUACUACUGA